CUCUCAACCUCUCCACCGAAUCUUUGUUUUCGUACCGUGCGACAAUUUGAGCCUUCAGGGGCCUAAGCAAAUAACACGAAGUAGCUUCCUCCAUUGCAGAAGAUAAGUGAGUAGCCAUGGGCAAGCUGGCCAAGUUGAAUUCCAAGUCCAACAAAAGGAAAACCUCCAAGACGAAGGAGAUAUUAUCAAUUUGGAAUUGGCCAAUAUUGUACGACAAGCACAAAAACAAAUGAUCAAUACUGUACGACAAGCACAAAAACAAAAUCAUCAUCAGAGGCAAUAAUGGAGUUAAUGUCAAGGUGGUCCCUACAUUCUUUGUAGUUUUCCCAAUUCAAAAUUCUAAACUGGGGUAGGUCGAUGUGGGUUUGAUCAGCUGGUGAGGGCAAUAUAUGCCAUCCUUUUAUGCUCGAGUUUGAAUCAUCUUCUCCUGACUUAGAAUAGGAUAUAGGAAUACCACCCGAGUGGCUUGAUGGUUAGCGAAGCAGUUGCAUCGUGCUAGUUGGUGGUCUAUUAAACCAAGAAUUGGAGACAAGUUGAUUACUAUAACAAUAUUAUGAAGUACUACAUUUAACUGUAACAACGGAAAUGGAUUCCUCAAGAUUGCUAAUUCUCUUCAUUGUUCCCGUUCUCUUGGGCCUUCUUGCACCCGCCGGAGCCCAAGUUAAUGACGCUACAUGCACUUAUACAGCUGACUUCUGCUGGAGAUGUUCCAACAUUGGCACCUACGAAGACGGUGGCACCUACCAAAAAAACCUCAACACCCUCCUCUCCUCUUUCUCUUCCAACAAUCAAACCAAUUCCGGCUUUUACAAUUCAUCAAUGGGGCAAGACCCCGACAAAGUGAACGCAAUUGCAUUGUGCAGAGGAGAUGUGUCCCUCAACAACUGUCACACUUGUGUCAAUCAGUCUAGUCCCUUUCUCUUCACGAAUUGUUCGAAUGAAGAUGAAGCAAUCGUAUGGGCGGAGCGUUGCAUGGUCCGAUACUCGAGCAAAUUAAUAUUUGGUAUUCAGGAGGAUGAGCCUAUUAAGUAUGUGCCUAGCCUGACUGACGCAAUUGAUCCCCAGAAAUUCGAUUUGGUGCUCAAUCUCUUUUUGGAUACUUUGACUGAGAAAGCUGCUUCAGGGGAUUCUCUUAAAAAAUAUGCAGCCGGACAUACGAUUAUGCAGGAAAGUACGACAAACCAAACAAUAUAUGCACUUGUGCAGUGCACCCCAGAUUUGGAUAAGCAAAAUUGCAGUGAUUGCCUUAAAGGGGCUAUCUCAAAAAUACCAGAUUGUUGUGGUGGAAAGCAAGGAGGCAGAGUUCUUAAGCCGAGUUGUAAUUUGAGAUUCGAGGCAACUCUUUUCUACGAGCCCACUGCCGAUUCUCUAGUCACUCUCCCAUCUGUAAAAGGAAAGAAGAGUAAGAUAUCAAAAGCAGUCAUCAUCAUCAUCGCCGUUGUUGGGGUUGUUUUUGUCGCUAUGAUUCUUAUCGGAAUAUUGAUUUCCUUAAGAGUGAGGAGACGAUGGAGUAAACAAAAACUUGAAAAUGAUAAUUCGAUUGACAGUAGUCUGGUGGAGUCGUUGCAAUAUGACUUUGAAACUAUAAAAUCAGCAACUGAUGACUUCUCUGAUGCAAAUAAGCUUGGACAAGGUGGAUUCGGAGCUGUCUACAAGGGUAGGCUACCAAAUGGAAGAAAUAUAGCCGUGAAAAGACUCUCUAAAAAUUCUGAGCAAGGUGAUCGUGAAUUUAAAACUGAAGUCACGUUAGUUGCUCAACUGCAACACCGUAAUCUGGUAAGGCUGCUAGGUUUUUGCUUGAAAGCAGGAGAAAGAAUCCUCAUUUACGAAUACGUGCCUAACACAAGUCUUAAUCACUUCAUUUUCGAUCCAGUCAAUCGUGGACAUUUGAAUUGGGAAACACGUUACAAAAUCAUAGGAGGGAUUUCUCGAGGGCUUCUUUACCUUCAUGAAGAUUCUCGUCUUCGAAUCAUUCACCGUGAUCUUAAACCUAGCAACAUUUUGUUAGAUGAAGAUAUGAAUCCUAAAAUUGCAGACUUUGGCAUGGCUCGAUUGUUUACGAUGGAUCAAACUCAAGGAGAUACUAAGACAAUUGUGGGGACCUAUGGAUAUAUGGCUCCAGAGUAUGCAAUUCAUGGACGUUUUUCUGUCAAAUCGGAUGUUUUUAGUUUCGGUGUGUUAGUUCUUGAGAUCUUAAGUGGUAGAAGAUUACCAGUUUCCGAAAGUGAGAAUGAUGAGGACCUUUUAACCUAUGCAUGGAGAAACUGGAAGGAGGAUACGGUGUCAAAUAUCAUAGAUCCUGUGUUAGCGACAGGAUUAGGAACCGAAAUAAUGAGAUGCAUCCACAUCGGUUUACUUUGCGUCCAAGAAAAUGUGGCUAGCAGACCAACCAUGGCUUCAAUUGUUUCGAUGCUUAAUAGUCAUUCUGUCACACUCUCAAUACCUUCAAAGCCUGCAUAUUAUUUGCAUAAUAGUGAAAAAGACACCACGGAAGGAACAAAAUCAUAUGAAUCUAAAAAUUCUGCGGAUGUGUCGAUAAAUGAGGACUCAAACAUUACUGAGCCAUAUCCUCGUUAGUGGGGCUGAUUAUAAAUGUAGGUUUUCUGGUUUGUUUUUAAGCGCAAGUUUGUUAUAAGACAGGUAGUGUUAUGUGUACUUAGAACACCGUCACGUGAUCUGAUCCAUGAUCCAUAGAAUCUGUCCAGAGUUACGUGCACAAAAGAACAAAUGUUUUUGUCAAAUAAGAAAAAGAAAGAAACGACCAACUGCAGCUGAAGUUUAAAUUUUCACAGAUUGCAUUGAUCAUAGAAAGACAUGUGAGAAGCAUCCUUGAUGGUCUGUUUGCCAGCGAGGGCCUUGAUGCCAGGGUUUUUAUUCCCUCUCUUUUGAAAGUAUUGUUUCGUUGAAAGUUGCAAGCUUUGACUCCCUUUUAUUAUAUGAAUUGUAUCCUCGCGUGUAAUAUUUAUACAUGUUGUGUGUUGGAAUAGAUAUAUAAUUUCCAUAGAAAA